AUGUUUCCACACAUACAACCGUUAUGUGAUUCUGGUUUGGUAGCGCCAGAUAAUCAGGAGCAGACUGAUCAUGGUCCAGGCAUCUAUGCCAUUCCUGUCCUUCCAUUUGUUGAGCAGAUGACUGGGUUUUCUCCUGGCAGUCUUAUUCCACUUACAUACAAUGUACCGACGUGAGUUGGCCCUACACUUCUGGAUUACCUUUCAAUGUCAGAUAUUUAACCGUCCCCUUUUGUCUCUGGUGAUUAUUUAUAUUCAAGUUGGAACCGGCAUCAUUCACAUCUGUGCUGUGAUUUAAUAGAUAGAGAUUAUCAUGCAUUUUAUCAGGUUAUUUGUAGAAGCAUGGACAAGGACUGUUGACAACUUUCUGGUGUUGGUUAACUGACGUUUGCAUUGCUUAGUAGGCCUCAAGGAACAAAUGACUUUUCUUGCUUGUUUCAGUAUAAAGACGAAAUGCAUUUGGAAGAAAGUAAAUGCACUGAAGGUUUUGAAAUGGAUGAGUGGAACUGCAUUUAUGAUUCUUGCCUUCGUGUCCUCCAUCCGAUCUAAAACUAAUGAAGUAUGAAAUGAAAACUUAUCGUUGGAAAAAAGAGAUAUAGAAUGUUAACCACUUUCAUAACUUGGGAGUCUGGAGAUCAAUAACCUAUUCAAUCUCAUUUGCUUCUCUUUCUAUCUUGACUGGUCUGCGUGCCUUCACCUCUCAGACGAAGAAAAAAAAUCAGGUUCUCUUGAAAUAUUCUUUAGUAAACGCGAUCAAUUUGAAAAACAGAUCAAAUUUGAUUUGAAAAGUCAUAGGAAUAUCCCCUUCAAUGUCUGUUUCGGAUUCAGGUUACCUUUAAACGUGUAGCAUAUUUGGCUCAUAAGCAAGGGUACAGUGAGAAGCAGCAUGGAUGCACGGUGUUUAUGAAGAACAGUGACUUUUGUGAGAUCAACUGAACGCCUCCUGUCAUCCCUGCCAAUGAGUAACACAAAUCCGAUUAGUUCUGCGUUCCCAGGUCAUUGUCGUCAAAUUCUGAUUCAUUCCGAGGAAUACAGUGCUGCACUUUGUGCAGUUACUUGCGUCAAGACUGAAAUAGAAGCUUAAAUAACCAAUGGACAUAAAUCAUUUUCCUUUGUCUUUUGUUGCCCUCUAUUCUUAGGAUUGAUGCUUUCAGCUGACUGAGGCGAAAACAAAUUUGAUAUUCUUGAACAUUCGGAGUUACCAUUUGAUGUGCGGCCUCUUUAUAGAAAUCUCUAGGUUCUGUUCUUCACAAAAAUAUAUGCAUGGUCUUUCUGAACCUCUAUUUUUAUUUUUAUUUUCAUUUUUCUUUUUAUUUUUUUUGGUCCAAUCAGAGGACCGGAUCCUGCUGGAGGAGCCAAUAGGGAUACUGAUCAGGUGGUGCAGCAGCAGCAGCAGCAUGCCCCACACGGACAAGUGGUUGUAAGAAGAUUCCAAUUCGCCGUUCAAAUCGACUUGAUGUUGAUCUUCAAGCUGGCAGCUGUGGUUUUCCUGUUCAAUCAAGAGGGAUCUCGGCAGAGACUUGUCCUGCUCAUUCUCUUUGCGUCAAUUAUAUACUUGUAAGUUGGCUUCCACCUUCACCUUAGAAUGGAUCUCAACACAAGAAGGCGCUCAAACAUCUGAAAAAGAGCACAGAAAAUGGACAGAAGACAGUGAAAAGAGUAAAGAAAAUGGGCGUCUGGAGCCCAAUGUAGCCCCUUACCUUGAAAUUAUUCCCCAUUGAAACCUACCCAGAUCCAUUUCUUUUUCUUCUUUUUUUUUUUUUUUUCCUUCCUUUGUUACCCAUUAUGUGCAUUUUUUUCAACUCUGAUCAAUCUUAUGGUCUCUUGAUCUACAGGUACCAGACCGGAGCUUUUGCACCACUUCUUAGGUGGCUUCGGCAAGCUGGAACCCCUCCCGUGCCGCAGGCUCCCCUCAGGCAAGAGAAUCCCCUGCCUGCUGCACAGGACCGUGCGAAUGACCUUCUGCCUGGUAAUCUCACCCACCUUGCCUCACAGGCACCACCAAUAGGCAGACAUAGCUCAACACUGUUGGGUGAUGAAUGAGAAAAAAAGAAGAAGAAAGAAAAUUGCCCAAAGCAGCAGUGAUGGUUAGGCUAGACACGCCGCCAUUAUUACUGUUUACGUUCACAAGAACACCGCUUUUUGGCUGCUCUGGAUCGAUCAUAUGCUUUCUGGCCCAGUGGUAAGGAGAGGGUUUUUCGUUGAUUUGCAGAGGGGAAUCCUCCAGGAGUGGGCGACAGAGACAGGGGAGCUGGGAAUGGAGGGGAGAUGGAGAAUGAGGACGAGGCGGAGGGCGGCAGAGGGAAUGGCGUCGAUUGGCGGGGGAUUGUGAACGAGAUCAGGAUGCUGGUCACCAGCUUCCUGACCUCGCUCUUCCCCGGCUUCCACCUGCACAACGACUGA